AGCGGGUGAAAAUAUGAUUUAUCGAAUUUCUGAAAGUAGACGAUUAUCUUGAAAGUGAACUAGGGAAGAUAUUACUUUCUCGAUUACCAUCUUUUCUUUAUAAUUUUUUUUUUUUUUUCUUACUACUCAUUCUUUUGAUGUGAUUUCAAUACCUUUUGGGAAUGCUAGGUGGUAGUGGUUGCUUUUAAACUCUAAUCACAUUUCAUACAACCCGAAUUCUCUGAGUUCUUCUUUUCAAUCGUUUCUAAAGUGUUUCUAUCUCUGAUCUAAAUCUUUUUCUUGACAUUUGUAUAACAAAUUUCCCUUCUUUUUUCAAAUUUCUGAAUUGGGUCUCUUGAAUUUUAACUAAAAAAAAUCCAAUCUUGGUGGGGUUUUCUUGAAAGAAUCUUGUGUUGUUGUGUUGUACACAAGUCAACAUUCAGUCUCUUCUGGGGUUGCUAAUUUCAUCUUUUUCUUGGUUUUCAAUCAUACCAACUUACCAAGUUUGAUGAUUUUUAGGGUUUAUUGUGAUAGAUGAAAAAUGUAUAAAGUUGGAAUCUUUUCACAUGGGGUUUGUUAAUUUUAUCCGUUUCUUGGCUUCCAAUCACUAAUUUCAUCCAAAAGUUUGGCAUUUUGGAUACAAAUUUGGGGGUUUUGAUGAUACCAAGUGUGAAAGAUGAAAUCUGUUGAUGAAAAAUGUAUAAAGUUGGAAUCUGGGCAUGUUGUAGAAUCGAAGACGAACACCAACACUGGAUGUUGGAAUCGAUGGAGACUAAUUGGCAGCUGUGUUUCUUCAAGAUCUAAAGUCGAAAACUCCAUUAGUGGCAUAACCACUCAUUGUGUGGAAAGCAAGCUGAAGAUUGAUGAACCAGUUGUUCCGAUAUUUUCAUCGACUACAAGUAAUAACGAAAGCAAUCCAUCGACCCCAAAACCGGAAGAUGAACUGAAACUUGAUUCUAGGCUUCGGAUAUUUGGUUUCAAUGAUCUGAAAUUGGCUACGAGGAACUUCCGACCGGAAAGUCUUCUCGGAGAGGGUGGUUUUGGGUGUGUUUUUAAGGGGUGGAUUGAAGAAAAUGGAACGGCGCCGGUGAAACCAGGCACCGGACUUACUGUCGCCGUGAAAACCCUGAAUCACGAUGGGCUUCAGGGUCAUAAAGAAUGGCUGGCUGAAGUAAAUUAUUUAAGUGACCUUAUCCAUCCAAAUUUGGUUAAAUUGAUCGGUUAUUGUAUUGAAGAUGAUCAACGGCUGUUGGUUUAUGAGUUCAUGCCUCGAGGAAGCUUAGAGAAUCACUUGUUUAGGAGAUCUUUGCCUCUUCCAUGGUCCAUUAGGAUGAAAAUUGCUCUUGGUGCUGCAAAGGGUCUUGCUUUUCUUCACGAGGAAGCGGAAAAACCGGUGAUUUAUCGCGAUUUUAAGACCUCGAAUAUUUUGUUAGAUGCGGAAUAUAAUGCCAAACUUUCGGAUUUUGGUCUUGCAAAAGAUGGCCCCGAGGGUGAUAAAACUCAUGUAUCAACUCGAGUCAUGGGAACUUAUGGUUAUGCAGCCCCCGAGUAUGUAAUGACAGGUCAUCUUACUUCAAGAAGUGAUGUAUAUAGCUUUGGUGUCGUUUUGCUCGAAAUUUUAACUGGUCGAAGGUCAAUGGACAAAAACCGUCCAAACGGUGAACACAACCUCGUAGAAUGGGCCCGCCCACAUUUAGGUGAGAGAAGGCGGUUUUAUAAGUUAAUAGACCCUCGACUUGAAGGCCAUUUCUCAAUAAAAGGAGCCCAAAAAGCCGCACAACUAGCGGCCCGUUGCCUUAACCGUGACUCGAAAGCCCGACCUCUAAUGAGUGAAGUUGUUGAAUGCCUAAAGCCGCUGCCAGCCCUUAAGGACAUGGCAAGCUUAUCGUUUUAUUUCCAGACUGUUCAACUUCAAGCUGAACGGUCUGGGUUGAGCCCGAGUGCACAAAAUGCAGUUCGGGCUCAAGGGUUGUUUUUAAGAAACGGAUCGCAGCAUCCAAGGAGCCUAUCCAUACCUAAUGGUUCUUAUGCUUCUCCUUAUCACAACAAGUUGAACUUGAAGUCACCAAAGCCUAAUGACAAUGAGAAAAAGAACAAUAGCACAUUGUAA